CUGGGAUAGAGACACCAGCUUGGAGGUGGAGAAACACAGGAUGAGACACAUGGGAGCCUGAUCAGGCCUGGAAUGGGGUGUUCUGUACUGUAGGUUGCUCUGCAGACCUGUUUCUGGAGGGAAACCGACGGGGCUGGACACAAGAGACGGACACAGGAAUUCCAGGUCACAAGGGCUCCUGUGGCAGAGCACAGACUUGGCCGGGCUGGUAUUCAAACCUCUUCCUCGCACGGUCAUGAGUAUGACAGCUGUAGAGUAGGACCCAGGGAGGGAACACAUGACUUAAAAAUAAGGGUGGUAAAUAAGAUAUUGGGACAACUAAGCGGCUAGUGUUUUACUUCAGUGGUCUGACCCCCCUCAUGAUGGGAUUCUCUGUGGAGUUUGCCUGUUUGCUUCUGGUGGUUUCGACUCUUGGAAAGAACCACUUGGUGUCUGGGGGUUGUUCAGGGAAAUGCUGCCGGGGCAGAGACUUGAGCUGUUUGACCACUGAUUGGAGGAUGGACCGCGUGUAUGGGACAUGCUACUGCGAUGAAGGCUGCGUCAGGACCAAGGACUGCUGCUUCGACUACUUCACAGAGUGCCCAGCUCAGGACUGUGCUGUGAGCGACUGGAGCUUUUGGAGCGGCUGUACCAAGCCCUGCCAGCCCUCAGUGAGAGUCCGUGUCCGUCACGUAAAGCAGCAGCCCAGUAACAGCGGAGAGCCCUGUCCCAGCCUGGAGGAGCGAGGCGGCUGCAGGGAGUACAGAGACCAUCAGGGUGGCCGCUGUGGAUUCAACUCAGGUCCUGCAUUCAUCACCAGCAUGGAGUUUGGCAAGAGAAGGCCCAAGCAUGACAACUAUGGAAACCCCCUAGACCUUGGGUUCUGUGUGGAAUUCAUACUGGAGUCCCGGACACCCCACUGUACAGUGGCAAACCGGCCACACACACACUGGAUGCGCUACAUAACAGAAGGCUUUAAAGUGUGUGUGGCAUGUGAACCUCCUGCCAUGCGAAACAAUAGUGGUAGCUGCCAAGGAGACGGCCAGGAAUCAGACAAAGAAGCUGUGCUCCACUGGCAGGCGGUGGGGAACCAACAGUGCAGCGGGACAUGGAAGAAGAUCCAGAAAACCCAGCAGUGCGACUGUCCACCACAACACAGCUUCGUCUUCAUCUGAUCCAAACAAAAGCACCAAGGAACAAUCUCUGAUCUGGUGUCCACAAUAACAUUCUGCAGCCAAGCAAAGCUCCCCUCGUCAGAGAAACCGAAAUACUUUUCAGAUCUGAUAUACAGCAGGCUUUCAAAACUAAGAAGAGACUUAAGACUCAACAGUGGUGCAAUGCAGUUAUAUUUCUGAUAAAUAUGCUACACAUUGAUAAAAGCAAAUCACUGUAGUCGCCAUGCACAUUUCCAUUGUUCUGUGUAACUUUGCAGCAGACACUUGUACAGCAUUUUACCUUUUUCUAGGUCACAUUAUUAAAACUGAUUUUGCUUA